GCUGCCAGCUAGCAAGAGCUAAUCUUGACCUCGUUCAAAAUGCUUAAAUUUGACACGUUAAAAAGCGCCCAUUGUAGUUUUUGUAUGUUUUUCUUAAGUGUCACAGCUAGAAACUAUCAAAAUCAUCUCGAAAACUUUGAAUAACUGACGUCAGAAGAUGAGCGAAGUCAGUUUCCUUUGUGGAGCAGACAAAAAAGAUCCGAGUCUGAGGCCUUGGCCAAGCCCAAGAGCCUCGGCCUCAACUAGGAGCAUCGGCCGACUGUGCGAACGUUCGCGUCGGCUUACCUGCACCAGAUAGACCCCGGUACACAGAAGCCCUACAAUGGAUCCCAGCACUUUCUGCGGCAUCUUCCCGGGUUGUGAGCCGUCAACACGACGGGAAGCAUAAAAGCAAAAGUGCGUCAAAACGAGACGCUGACGUGUCGAGGUCACUUCAGGUGGCCUGUGAGUGACGGCAGUUAACGGUUCUUCCAGUCGCCUUCAGACAUGUUUAUGUUGUUUCUCUGGCUCAGAUGAAGAGCUGGGAGUAAUAUGAGAAACUACAGGGGGGCUAAGUCAACUGCAGGGGUCGCUGUUUAACCUUGUUUUCACUCAGUGGUCAACGUUUAAUCGCAUAAUUAAAACAUCUGAAAUCAAGGUUAAAAUGUGUUCAUAUUAAUAAAAUUCUAUUUAAAAGAACCAGGCAUAUUUAUCCUUCAGCAAUAUGCUUAUCUUAAGAAAUACACCAAUCACUCAAAAGAAAUUGACCAAAGCAUCUACUGGUCAAAUUACAAUUUAUCAUCACUUUGUCACAUCACAUUUGUUUAUGACAUCAUCAUAUCGCCUAAAAAUUGUACAGGAUGUGUGCUUUUUAUUUCUGCGCAAAAAUACCUUAACAGUAAAAGCAGAAAAAGUAUUUUUGAACAAUAAUUUAAUCUUAUGUUGAUUUGAGUUUUUGCAGUGUUUCCAUUGUGUCCAGUGUUGAUGACAGUGACGUCACGCAACAUUACUUCCGGGAGGAGACGCUGACAGCUGGUCUUCCACAUGGUCAGAUGUUAAUCCAGUCACCCUGAGCAAGAAGUAGCAGGGACUUCAAUUCACGAUAACAUGGGCUUGCUGUCCAUCCUGCGGAGGCUGAAGCAGCCCCAGGACCAGGAGGUGCAUUUACUGCUGCUGGGUUUGGACAACGCCGGCAAGACCACUCUGCUCAAACAGCUGGCAGCGGAAGACAUCAGCCACGUCACACCCACACAAGGCUUCAACAUCAAGAGCGUUCAGUCGUCGGGCUUCAAGUUGAACGUGUGGGAUAUCGGAGGACAGCGUAAGAUCCGCCCCUACUGGAAGAACUACUUUGAGAACACAGAUGUGCUGAUCUAUGUGAUUGACAGCUCGGACAAAAAGCGAUUUGAAGAGACCAGUAUGGAGCUGUCCGAGUUGCUGGAAGAGGACGAGCUGGCCGGCGUGCCGCUGCUCAUCUUCGCCAACAAGCAGGACUUGAUGACAGCCAUAUCGGCCUCUGAGCUGGCGGAGAGCCUCAACCUGCACACCGUUCGAGACCGAAUGUGGCAAGUCCAGGCCUGCUCAGCCAUCACCGCUGAGGGAGUGCAAGAUGGCAUGAGCUGGGUUUGCAGAAAUAUAAAGUUUCGGAAGAAAUAAAUCCCAGAAGAUCUGCUGGAUCACAUUUUAGUCGACUUCCUUCAUUCCACAAUAGUCAGAGUGGCAUUAUCUGUAAAAAUUAUCUCAAAGCAUUUUGACUGUAUUGUAUAUAAUGUAAAUAUUACCCUACUUUGACUGUAUAUAAUGUUAACAAGCAAAGAAAUGAUGACAAGUGGCAAUAAAUACAUAA